AUGGCCGGAAUGGUCGUAAAAAUGAACAUCGUCAUUCAUAUUCGAGAUGCCGAUAGGAGAAAGUGCCCAAACUGUGAUUUCGCGGAUGUCAGGCUGAGAAACACCAUGGAAGGGAUAGUAUGCAAGCGUUGCAACACCUGGUUCAAGAUAUCUGAUGAGGUUCAGAUUAAUGAAGUUCCUGCAAAGCCACUCUUCGAGACCAUGUUUGAGCCCAAUGUACCUGAAGCGGAAGAAUUUCCCACUGUUCACAGCCGACCAGGAUUCUUUCGUCAGAUUAGGGUCAUACCUGUACUACUGUCGACAGUUUUUCAAGAUACCGGUGCGGCACAUAUAGUGCUAGAUGCCCUCCAAUCCAGUAAAGCACAAGGAUCAGACGAUGUUUCCGGAAUACCAAACCGCCCUCCGAUCAGUUCUGUCCCUGCCAAGCGUAGCAAUCCGGCUCAUCAACUUAUCAAUUAUUUGCAAGUUAGAAGCCAGUUUCGCUUGCUCCGGUGGGAAAUCUUCGAAGCCGGUCCCCUACACCAUGUGACUCAUCAUGCUACUGCCUACUGCGAGUUUAGAUUUCUAACGUAG